AAGAACCGCACCUUCUGCACUGUAUCAGCCAGAAGCAAGCCGUUCUGUUCAAAAAGAGUGUUUGACCAAGCUUUCACCCUUAAGCAUACCUGCGAAAUAUGGGACAGUCUCCGAGUAAAUGUCCAUGUGGAAGGUUGACAAAAGAUGGAUUCUACUGCCCCCGGUUUGUAAACUUUCUUCUUUCUUUCACCUCUCGCGAGACGACAUUCCUACACCGGGUCAACUUAGGUGUUACGACAAACACUACCCAGUCUGUGAUUACUGCAAAAGGCCAAUUCGCGCUCACGAGGCUACAAUGGGCAACUGUCAUCAAAAGCCAUGUUAUAGCAGAUUCUCCGGCAAUUGUUGUGAAUGUGAUGCUCCUGCUAACGCUGGCGCUUAUUGCAAGAGUUGCUAUGAAACAGUGUACCCUCCACCCGUCAAGAUUCAUGGAAAGUACCAUGGAAUGGAAAUCACAUUUUAUUCGAGGGAGGAUUCCAGGUCUUUGAUGCAGUCUCUUGCAUCUUUUCACAAGGAUAGGGAUGAUGCAGAGCAACAACGCUUUUACUUGAAGGACCAUUGAACGCUGUGAAGACCUUUCAGUUCUUCGGCUAGAUGAUAGAAAGACUAAAAUAGUAUGGAGCUGAAGGGACAACCGUGAACAAAUUCGCCUUAGCUCGCAAAGAAUUUGAGCAGUAGGAAUAAAAAACCUAGAGUAUAGAACACACAGAUCAUGUUCCAACGAGGUUUAUCUAGUUACAUGAUUUGUUGCUAAUUUAUAACUUUACAACAGAUCAAUAGUUAAUAACAUAGGUGAUCAAUUUGUCAGUUGUUGAGUCAGAAGUGGUAGGUCCUGCCCAAUGUUGUAAGAUGAAGUCCUUUUUAUUUUUUAUCUAUAAUACUGUGUGGUUAGUACGAUGAUAAAAGAAAUAAAAAUAUUAGCUGCCGAGGACCCAA